GUAGUUUCUGAUUUGCAUUAGUACAUAAGCGGAUAGUGACGGCAAUUUACGUCUUAAAGAAAGAAAACAGAAACAAGACUGUGCAUCUGGUUAAAAAGUUAUACAAUUUUUCCCGGCUUGAAAUCGCCGUCUCGUGUGGAGAAUUGAGCGUAAGCUAACGAAGGGACUGUUUGAAGGACAUAUGUGUCGAAAGUACGGGUGAUUGGAGUGUGUUUUGAGGCGGCCGGCAGCGGUGGUGAGGAAAGACCAUGAGACGGCGCGCUGCUCCGGCUAUCACUGUCGCUGUGACUGGGCGGACUCACUGGGAAGAAAAACAAGGACGCAGGGGGAAAUAAAAACAAGUGAGCGGGAAAGGACACCUCCGCUCCGCGAGUGAUGCUGCGCCGGGAGCGGAGAUGGAGUUACCGCGGGAUCUCGGGUUGUUCUCUGGCCUUCUGGAGAGCGUCGUGUCUUUUUGCAGCGAGUUCGCCCAGGACUGGAGCACCAACGACAUGAGGGUCACAAUCUUCAAAAUCCUUCUGGGUUGGUUGGUUUGCAGCUUGGUGGCUAUUCAUAUGGCAUGGAAGUACUACGGGGCCACAGUCAACGACAUGUACUACAGGCAAGGGAGUGGAGGUCAGAAUGGUGGUACUCCAGAUGGAUCCUCAAACUUUACUCCCUGGAAAGAUGCCAGUGGCGAGUCAAUGAAAAGUCACAGAGAGUGAGUGGUGUAGCUGAGACGUGGAGAGAAGAUGAUGUGAACCUGGAAACUCAUGCUGCUCUUUGGGUGCUAGGCUCAUCAAAGUUUCAAGUACUGUGGCCCAAUAACCUAAUGUGCCAUUUGUGACUCAGUGCCAUUAAUGUGCUUUUCUUUUGUGAUAUUCUUAGGCUUUGCUGAGUGGUCACUUGUAUCAGGGAAAUUUUUUGUUGUUUUAAGAAGAUCCAUGGUCGAAUAUGUUCAUCUUGAGCAGGGAAUUGACUUAAUCAGUUAAGAGCCAGAUGCAAAGAAGAAUAUGUUUAAUUACAAGCCUGACAAUGAAUAUUCCAAAAAAAUCUGAUGAAUUUUGUAGCGUGUUGCCUAUGUCACUGGUGACCUGCAGCUCUAAUGAAAAGUGCAUGAAUCAGCAUUUGGGAAUAUCAAGGAUCUCCAAUCAGUUUUAAGAAACCAGACUACUAAACUAUUCCGAACAAGCAAUAGAUUGAUUUGCUAGAGAUUCUCGAAAAGAUUCACUUAUAAAUUAGAGCAUAUUAAAUUUUUAACAAAUAAUAUGCUAUUGAAUUUUAUUUUGAUAUCUAUAUACAGAAAAAUACCCUUUGGAACAGAUGGAUGAAAGAAAAAUGGAGGACUAUGUACAAGGGAAGUGAUCUUCGAAUAGGAUUUUUUAAAACUGAAAAUGUUAUUACCAGAAUAUUGGAUUGACAUCUGAGGGAGUGGAUGUAGUGAAAAUUUACAGACGCAAUGCAAAGUUACUGAAUGGGUCUGUAUCUCAGUCUAUGAUUAACAAAGCUCCUGUCAUUUGAAGAUGGGUGUACAACCUACUAGGGAAUAAAUAUCUCACAUUUGAAAUUUGCAAUUGCUGACAAAAAAAAACAGUUCUUCAGACACUCAAAGCAGCAUACAUGAGACCAUCAGACAUAUGAGCAGCAGUAGGCUGUUUGAGUCUUCACCAUUUGAUCAUGGCUGAUCCAUUUCCCUCUCAACCCCAUUCUCCUGCGUUUUCCCCAUAACCUUUCACGCCCUGACAUAUCAAGAACCUAUCAACCUCCACCUUAAAUACAUCCGGUGACCUGGCCUUCACAGCUGCAGGUGGCAACGAAUCCCACAAACCCCCUGACAAAAGAAAUUCCUCUUCAUCUCUGUUCAAAAUUGACGUUCCUCUAGUCUGAGACCUUGUCCUCUGGUCCUAGACUUGCCUUACUAUAGGAAACAUUCUCUGCACGUCCACUCUAUCCAGAUCUUUCAAUAUUCAGUAGGUUUCAGCAGGAGAUGUCUCUAAAACACAUUGUCUGUCCAGGAGGGAGGUGAAGUGACUCUGGAGUGAUCCAUUUGCUUGUUGGCCAAAUGAUUUACUAACUAGCUUUUCAUUAUGCACAUUAUUCUACCUGUCUAGGAGGUGGGUACUUGUAUGUCGUGAAAGUAGCCUUUGGCCAUGAGCCUAAACUGAAAGAAGAUAAUUUUCCACAGAAAUACUCAGCUCUAAGUGGAGAAUGAAAAUACAUAUUAAAAUCAACAAUAUGUUGGUGCAGAUGAUUCUCUGCAAUUAACGUUUACAUUUUUGGAAUUAAUUCUUGAAGAAAGAAAAGGUAAACUUUCAUCCUCACUAAAGGUACUUGGACUGAGACCAAAUAUGGAGUCUACUUCAAUGUAACUGCUUCUGCUAGCCUGCUGAAAUAAGGGUGGAAUGUUUCAAUUAUGAAUUAAUAUUUUUGUUUACACAUUGCUUAAAAAAGCAGUAAAAAUUGAAGGAGCAGGUUUGAGGUACUAUAAUAUUUUCUGAUUUUAUUUUAUGGUACUUGGUUUGAGAGUGUGAUCUGCCUACACCCUCCUACCUAACACCACCACUAUAAAUCAGAACAAGUGGGAAUUGAGUGCAGGUGGAAUGUUAGUACUGUAAUCUGUUAUAUGUAGCUGGAGAAUCUGGCUGGUGGAAUGGGACUGAGAUAUGACGUUUGAUCAAAGAAUUACAAAUGUAUCUAGUGUAAUAUCCAUCCGACUGGCAGAAAAAAAACUAUUCCAGUUGGAACAAUAUUCGGUUGAUCUGUAAAAUACACAUCGGAUUUCAUCAAUGCUAUCACCUGCACUGGACUCUGACUCCAAUUGGCAUCUGUAGAAUAACCAAUUGAAAAUACCAUCAGCAAUCCACUCUUGGCCUAUGAUAGGCAAUGCUGGAAGGAGAGAUUUCUUUACUCUCCAAUAACAUAAAACUAUUAUCUUACAAUGAUAUUCAACUAUUUUGUUUUCACCUUCCAUUUUUACUUUUUAAAAUCUUAUUAUAUGUUUUCCUCUCUGGGACUUUUACAUCGGUGAGUUCUUUUGUGUACUCUCUCAUUACUGAAUGGGCAAACUACUACUACGUCGACUCAGGCCUAGGGGGCCGGCAUCAGGGACGGAUGGACUCUCCACUUCUCCCUCUCCCUCAUCAGUGUAUUCAGUUCAUCUAUAUUAGCCGCGCCGCUAUCUUCUAGGAGCGUGUUGACCAUAGUCUUGGGAGGGCGCCCAGGGUUUAUCCUCCCGUGCUUGGGCUCCCAUAUGAUGACUAGGCUGGCAGGUAGCUCGGGGUGGCGUAGACAGUGCCCUGCUAAUUGCAGUCUUCUCGCCUCGAUUUUAGUGGUGAACUUCGGUAGGUUGUUAUAGAGCUCGACGUUUGUCAUGUGCUGUUGCCAACUCACAUCAAGAGCCAUCCGGAGCAUUUGUGUAUAGCAACCAUGUACAGACUUUCGCGUAGUCUUGGUGAGUGUCCACAUCUCACAUCCGUACGUGAGAAUGGUGGACAAAGGUAUAUCAAUGUUAGUUUGUUUGUUCCCAUUGUACACAAAUGCAUUCUCCAGGGAUAUCUCGACAGCAAUUGAGAGAAAUUUCUUGUACUUGCUAACCCUUUAUCUUCUGUUCUCUAUCCUACACCAACCCCUUCUUGCUUGCUCAAGACGUAGUUGCAUUCCAUCAGCCUUGAUCUGUAGGUAGUGUAUGGUUUAACUAAGUAAUUAUUUGUAUUCUGCUCCCAUAGGGAACACCCCACCAGGUACCACUACAAGGACACUGUGUGAUACCUCCUCGUCCAUCUUUUUCCGCUGUCUCUUGUGAAGCAUACUGAGAGAGUGAUUUCAGGCUUUUGUCAAGGCUCUGUUGAAAUGACUACCAAAAGCAGAUCAUGGAGAUUCCAUUUUUGCUUAUUAUCUUUGUGGAGGGAAGAAUGUGGCUUCCUGCAUAAGACAGGCAUUACUGGUUACUCCAGUCCUUGAGUGUAUUACAGUAUGUGAGCACUCACCAUGUUUGUGUGUGUUCAGAGGGUUUGGGUGCAAUGGAUGCCUUCCCAUUUAUCAUCAACCUUCAGUCCUGAUUCAGUGGAUGCUACUUAACAGUUAAUGCUGUUAAAAUGGCUGAAACGAAAGUAUAGGCUGUAACCAUUUUACUACUGAGAUGCUUUUUGUUUUUCAACUUGUAUUUGUUGUAUAUCUUUGUUUAUCCCCCAGAUUGCAGUGAAAAUGUUGAAACUCCUGAUUGGAAAUGUAGUAUGCCAAAUGGUAGUCUUACAACAACAGAUCCUGGGCUUGUUGUACUGAAGUGAUGUAUAGAGACCUUUUUUUACUAGAAAUGUUUUGUAUAUAAACAGUACAUUUUGUAAAUCACUGUGAUCCAUAAAUUGGACAACCUUUGUAAAUUUGUGCCCCUAAUGUUAAUUAACUUAUUUAUGUCUGAACAUAUAAAGGCUUCCCUGAUGCUGUGUAUUCCAAAAAAAAAAUCUGCUGUAAGUGUGUAUAUAUGUACAUUUAGCAUACAGUUUUUUUUUUGGUGGGACACUAUUUGAUUAUGUUUUAAAUAUAUAAAAAACUGUUGCAGAAGCAGACUGUUUGUUUUGGUGUUUUUCACUGCUGAAGGUCAUCUCUUACACAAUUUACUGAAAUCUGAAUCACUCCUAGUCUUAAAAACUACAUUUGUUGCAGCCAGCUCCAAUAUAUUAUUAAAAAAAACAAGCAAGUAUAAAUAAACUGGAAGAUCAAAUUACUAGCUCCUUGCAUUCAUUUUAAUAUCUAUUUCCAAGUCUUAUCCCCUCUGGAUGUGCCAGUGUUAUCUGACAGCAUUGGCAUAAUGUCAUUAAAUGUAUCACCACUUGUUAUUGAAUACAACUUUAGUAGUGUGUGUCAUUAACUGUUAUUGAAUACAGCUGGCUUUAAGAAAGAAAACAUUAUAUUGGUCCCAAAGGAAGAAUGAGGUACCAGUCAUAUGGCAGAGUAU